CAUGGUGGUCGGUAGUAGAGGCUGUCUAUCGCUGAUCAUCCUUGUUGUUAUUUUGUGUUCGUCAUGGUUUGUUGCUGUACUUCUGGAUUAUUAUACAGGGCACGGCCAACCGCUUAGGAAACACAGAAAUACUAAUUCAGCUCCAUUUCCGAGCGACAAGAUGGAUAAUAUUUUCUGGUUCGUUCAGAUCUCUGACAUUCAUAUAAGCAAAUACCGUGAUAAUCAAAGAGUAAAGGAUUUGAAGAAAUUUUGUAAUGAAAAUAUAGAUGUGAUAAAGCCUGUUACGGUUCUGGCCACAGGUGACUUGACAGAUGCAAAAGAUGUCCGCAAACUUGGCUCUAAACAGUAUAAAGAAGAAUGGGAAGAGUAUUUCAAUGUGCUAAAGGAAACAAAAGUUGAGGAUAGGACAAAAUGGUUAGACUUGAGAGGAAAUCAUGAUACAUUUAGUGUUCCCUCGCAUACAAGCAAGGAGAACUUCUUCAAAGAUUACUCAUCCAGUGGCCCAGAUAGAGACAGAGGUACCAUGAUGCCAUACCAGUUUGUCUACAGUACCAAGUUCGGUUCUUAUGCAUUUAAUGGUAUUGAUAUGAACCCAAAUCCUGGUCCAAGGAGGCCCUUUAAUUUCUUUGGUCACGUGGAGCAGGACCGUAUUAAUGCAAUGGAGAGGUUAGCUGAUGCUAGCAAAUCAUUUAAUAUGACAGUUUGGUUUGGACACCAUCCUUUUUCAGUCACAACAACUCCCUAUGUUCGGAGGAUUUUAAAGACUGGAGGAGUUUACUUGUGUGGUCAUCUUCACACUCUGCUGGAAACAUUUCCCAAGAUGCAUGCUGUUCACACAGAUGGUCACAUAGAGCUGGAACUUGGAGACUGGCUUGACACCAGAAAUUACAGAGUUAUGGCAAUAGAUCAUGACAUGUUCUCCUUUGCUGAUGUUCGUCUGAACAAAUGGCCUGUUGUGCUCAUAACCAAUCCAAAAGAUGCACAUUACAUUAUGCCACCCUAUGAACCUCUUGGAAGAAUAAGAAAGUCUUCUCACAUAAGGUUUUUGGCUUUCUCUCCUGCACCCGUUGUAUCUGCCAUUAUUGAAAUCGAUGGAAAACCCCUCGACUCACAAGUUACUCACGUUAAAGGAGCACUGUACGCUUGUCGCUGGGAUCCCGAGGACUUUUCAUCUGGCAUUCAUUCUAUCACUGUGAGAGUUCAAGACUCCGAUGGCCGAUCAAGUGAGAGGACGCAACUGUUUUCAGUGGAUGGAUCCCGUCCAACGCUGGAUCUCAUUCCGGCGUUUCUUCUGUUGACUGACUUUGUUACUUUGGGCCGUGUUCUAUACUGUGUUUCUUUUGUAACCAUCGUUUUAGGACUGGGGUGGGUGAGGCGCUGUGAUUCUUCCGCAUGCAAAGGUUUUCUCUGUGGUGCUUUAGGAAGAUGGUGGAAUCGCUUAUGGCUUCUUGCUCAUACCGAUGACCUUUUCUACCCUCUGUUUUUGUUUGGCGUUUACACUGGUGUAGGUCCGUGGGUCAUUGGUGAAAUGAUGCAAGGCCAUCUUGGUGCUCUGUUUGUUCAUGGUAUGUAUUUAAAACAGCACUGGAUCCCAGGCUCCUUGACCUACUACUAUGGAAUUAUGCAGCUGUUCUUUUUAAACUUGCCGCUGACCCUAUACCUUGCUUAUUUUGUGGAGCUGAACAAUACUACAACAAGCAGCAAAGCCGCAUCCCAGAAUCAUCUUUUCCAAUUCUCUCACAGUUACGUGUUGCACUCCCUGAAGAAAGGCCUGGGACAUUUUGUGUUUGUGUUGAUGUUCAUAUGGCAAGCUUCAUCAAGUUUUAAUCUGAUUUAUACCUACGGUGUAAUGUCGUUUAUGUUGAGUCCAGCUAAGAGUUGGUCUCUUAUACUAGUUUUAUAUUUGUUUUGGCGAGUUCACAGACCUAGAAUGAGAUAACGUAUUUAUAGACCAUACGAUCAGUCUGUAAGUAGCUUAAAUAACUUUAACUUAAUUCUGAAUCUAGGAGGCAAUGAGGUAAUUAAAUCAAACAAAUUAAGGAAUUUUGAAAGUAGGCUAUUGUUUCGAGCCUUUUUACUAGGCACAGUUUAAAUGUUGAAGUAAAUGAAAAAAAAAUGUGCAAUUAUUCACUUGUCUCCAUCAAACCAAUCAGUUAUUUAUUUACUCGUUAUUUCAAAAAUUUCAGUAUCCAAAUUGAUAUUAAUCGGAAGGAAGGAAGAGGGGGGUGUUUGAUUCAGGUCAGUUCACAGUCAGACAAAGAUUGAUAUUGGCAAAGACUUUGACUUCAACUCCGCUUACCCGGUGAUUGGUGAACUAAAUUCAAAACUUUUAUUCAAGUCAGUUUAUCGUCUUGUUGUCAAAACAUUUACUACCGAUCACCAAAAAGGGGAAGAAGGAUAAAAAGAGGGAUAAUAUUUAUGAAGAAUUUAAAACUUAAUUAUGAUUAUACAACUGUAAAUUUUAUGUUGUUUCAUCCUUUAGAUAAACCCGAUUUCGAUUUAUCUUCGACUCGAAAGAUUGGGCGCUCAAGUGUCCUAUUGUCUAGUUUGACAUCUAUUUUUCGUCACUUAAUUUAGUACUUUUUUGGACGUGGUUCUGACUUUUGAAAUGAUGAUAAAUAA